CUGACUUCCUCUCGGAUCUCUGUUCCAAAACAUAUUUUCGAAUCCACCCAGCGUAACAGGCCUCUUGGCAGUUAGUAUACGGUACUAUGAUAGUGGAACGAAGUUUAUAACACUUAAAUGUCAAGAUUUUGUUUCCUUGUGAUAUAUUGCUGCGCCAUUCUUCAUGUACUCAUAGUAUCGGCCACAGGUAAUGCAGGAAGUGCAUGCCAGGAUGACGACGACUGUCGGAAAGAAGCCCACUACGUCUGCCUCAGUGGCGUGUGCACCUGUAAGCCAGGCUACUUUCAAGAGCUAGUCAACACCACAUCGAAAUGCGUCUUUGUGGGCAUUCCAGUGGGUGAACGAUGCCUCUCCGAUGAGUCGUGCAUCAACCAAAACCGCACGUUCUGCAGCGGCAAGCAUAUCUGUGUCUGUCGCCACGGCUUUUACGAGAACAGUGGCAUUUGCAAGCGAGGGCGCAAGCUGGGCGAUGCGUGCCGUGGAGACGAGCAGUGUGAAGCAACAAACAAUGGAUCGCACUGCCGUGGAUCUGCAUGCCGCUGCAAGGAAGGAUUUUAUCAGGAAUCUGUCGGAGGGAACGCUACCUGCUCGCUAGGGAGUCCCCCCUUGCAGUUGUGCUACACCAACUACGACUGCUUCAUUCGAGACCGCCACCUUGUGUGCGACGGACGCUUUUGCCGGUGUAGGCAGGGGUAUCACAUGGAGCUCACAUCGUGGGGGUGGAGGUGUAUCGACUCGACUGGGCUGCAGCGUCCCUCUCAUGGAAGCGUAGUGUCCAUGUUCCGCAUUUCUCCUGCAGCCAUUCUGAUAGCCUGCGUUAUCUUAGGAUACAUGAAGCGCAGGCAAAAGCCUGAUGCAGGCCAGGCGGUGGAUAGGCACUCUGGGAGCCGAUCGCACCAUUUCAUGAACGCCUUUGUGAGUCGACCGCACCACUUCAUGAACCCUUUUCACAGAAGGGCAUCACUCAGAGAAGUAGUAACCCAACGCUGUCAAGGUGGCAGUGCAGGUGAUUCGUUCGACCAGCUGCUCCCACCAAACACGUGUGUCAACCUUCCGCCCGAACCCCCGCCCUACCAAGCAGGCGAGGAACCUCCACCCAGUUACGAGGAAGCCAUAAGAAGUUCAACUGCCCCUGUUCCUGCUUCGAGGAAUGCUCAGCCGAGGCAAGCGUGAUUCAACAAUGUCGAAGGAAGUGCUUUAACACAUCCUCCACGUGCAAGAAGCAUGGCUUAUCUCGCACAUUGUCCGUGUUUCUCAUCCGUUGGGAUUUGUUUCCACUCCUCUGUAACAUCACUUCUCAGAGAAAGAGAGAAACGGCAGUCAAAAAAAAAAAAGAAAAUGUGGUCCUCCGGUAUGGGAAGUAAAUUAGCCAGGUCACGAGCUGGUAUCUGUAACAGGAUUUGAGAUUUGUAUCAUUUGUUUGUAUUAUUGAUUGAUCUCGUUAUAUUAAUUUGUAGGGAAGAUUGUCCUGCAUAUUAUGUGGUGCAGAAUAGGGUAUUGGUAGCUUUAGGUUCGAAUGACUGAGCAUAACGCAAUACGUAGCUGAAAUAACACCGAUAUAUGUUAGCUCAUCCAUUUCUAAAGCAGUUUAUUGUGAAGUGCCAUAAAAUGUGCUGGGUAAUAAGCAUGUACACUGACAGGAAAUAUAAGUAAGAAGACUUCUGUAUGCACGUAAAUACGUUCAACAAUUGAGUGUGCUUUUUGUGAGAUUCUUAGUUUCUCUGUGAUACCUAUCUUUUGACAAGAUUUGAAUUCUGGGUCACGUCGACAUGAAUGUGUUUGAGUGAUAGAAACUCCCUGCUGCACCAAUUUGCAUAUCUGGGGCUUGGGGAGAUGUACCUAUAUGUAUAUAUAUAGCUGUGGAAUUUUUCAUGUACCGGACCCUUUCUAGCUUUAGAACUCUCAUAGUCUUGCUAGUUCUUACACGAUCUUUUUACGGAAAUCAUCAAAGCUGUGGUUUUUACGGGCAAAAGCUGUCAUACCCCCACCUGCCCAUCUAAUGCACGUGUAUCUGUGCUUUUAAGCAACCAGAUGUUUUUUUUUUGUUUUCUGUGUAAUAAUACCCCGUCUCAUGGCAGUGAAGAUUGUUUGAACUCUCUUCUUUUUUUUUCUUCUGCGAAUGUGAUGGCCAUGUUGCUUGACCCGGAACGCUCUAAAAUUUAGUAGGUUAUUCCUCAGGUCGCCUGCGCCUUUCCCUUUUCCUCAAAUCCUCAGAAUUACUCCCCUCAUAUUUGGCUUUUCUAUUGCUUGAUUUCCGUAGAAUGACACCCCCAAACACGAAAAUACGGAGUGCUUAUUUAGUACUUGUUUGUUUAGGAAUUUACUGCAUUAAAGGAAAUAUAUUGUGUUCAGUUGUAGAAGGCUGGUUUUUGCAUGGGGAUAAUCGCAAAAAUACUGCAUUAAGGAUGCUUGCUGCUAGUACUAAAUAUAAUGUGUGGUUCUUCAAGUGUGGUUUGUGAAAGGAAAAAAAAUGUGUAUAUGUUUGUCUGUUCAUGCACUCCUGGGUUCUUGUGCUACCUCAUAAACUGUGAACAUUGCUGUAUUUUAGUGCUUAGUACAAAUGUCGUUUAUAUCAAUUUGAGGUGUCUGCAAAUUGUAGUGAAGACAGCACGCAUUUCUGUUGCGUAACUUGCUCCUUGCGGUACGGAAAUUUCUAGCAUAAAUGCGCUUAAUUACUAUACAACGUGAAUUAUUUGUUACAGCACAUUCAUCUGCUUCAAGGGUGAAUCUCUCAAUAUUUCCUCUUGCAGUGUUUUAAUUAAAUUCCUGAUUGCUCAGAGUCACAAACUGAAAUAAAGAUUUGUUUGACAUCUCCA